UAUGAAGUAUCUUAGACUGUUUAAUAAUGGUUAAUAGUUGUUUUUUUAGUGUGUAUAUUAUUUCAACAGGGGUUUUAUUGAUAACUUUACUCAUCCCAAAAGAAUGCCAAAGUCAAAUAUGCAAGAAUGACGAAGUUCCCUGUGGUCCUUUAAGUCGUGAUUGUUAUCUUAAAUCAGCCGAAUGCGACGGGAUAAAAGAUUGUGAAAAUGGAUAUGAUGAAUUACCCGAAAUAUGCGAAGAAAGAAAAUGUAAUACAACCGAAUUUCACUGCGCUAAUGGGGAUUGCAUACCAAUAUUUUUGAAUUGCAAUUCAAGGAAAGAUUGUUUGGAUGGCUCCGACGAAGCAGAUUGUGAAAUAAAAAACACAAAAAAGUGCCCAAAUGAGUGGCAAGUUCUUUGUUUAUCUGGAGAAUGUAUCAGGAAAGAUCAAAUAUGCGAUGGAUUAAAAGACUGUGUGGAUAACUCUGAUGAAACUUACACAAAAUGUUCAAAUUCGAGAUGUCCUGCUUUUUCUUUUCAAUGCAAUUAUGGAGCGUGCAUUAAUGCAGAAGCUGUAUGUAAUGGUGUAUCAGAUUGUGUUGAUUCCUCUGAUGAGCUAUUACCAGAAUGUAAAACAAAAAUAAAUGUCACAGACGAAAUGAUUUGUGGUAAAAACACUUUCAAAUGUAACAGUGGUUUAUGUAUCAAAAAACAAAAAUUAUGUGAUGGAAUUAGAGAUUGUGACGAUGGGUCCGAUGAGACAUACCGGCAAUGCCGAACAGCAAACUGUGGAUCAAUAUCGCGAUGUGGUUAUGGAGCAUGUGGAGGAUUGCAUUGUGUUGAUGGAAGCAGUCUUGAUACAGAUAAUCAAGUAAUGUUUAGUACAUUUGGUCCUGAUUCCCGAGACGAAGAAACAAAUCAAACAACAAAGGAUUUUGAAACAACAAUUAGAACAAUACCAAAAGAACCACCUGACGAGCAAAAAUGGCCACCACGAACUACACCCUCAAGACCAAUUAAUCCUCCAACAUAUUUUCCACCUCCCAAAACCUGUAUAUUUCCAAAUCAACCCAGUAAUGGUGUUGUUACAACUAAUACAGGAACAAUUCCAAAGCCAUUUGAAUUCGCCCCAGCAUGGACUAUUUUAAUUUAUGCAUGCAAUGAAGGCUACUCUUUAGGCACAGCACCAUCUGUAAUUGUAUGCAUGAACGAUCAAUGGACAAAUCCGUUUCCAAAUUGUUUGAAAACAUGUCCACCACUAACAUCUGAAAAUCAUGAAAUUGAAUGUUUGCAUGAAGGCAGACCAGUUGCUUGUGAUACUGCAUGCGAGGGUACUAUUGCAAACAUCAAAUGUAAAGAGGCGUUUGAAUUAACAAACUUCGUUUAUCAGCCAUAUAAUGGAAUCGAAUGUAAUCAACGAGGAAAUUGGUCAAACCAAUUAUUUGACUGUAACCCAGAAUGUGGUACUUUAAUACCAAAAGCUCAAGCUUUGGUAGUUAAAGGAUAUACUGCAGCUAAAGGAGAAUUUCCAUGGCAUGCUGGAAUCUAUAGGCGGGAAUCCGAAAAAUAUGAAUAUUAUGAGCAAAUAUGUGGUGGGACUUUAAUAUCCGAGAAAAUUGUUGUAUCAGCUGCACAUUGUUUCUGGAAUUGGAAUGAUAACAAACCAAAAGUGAAUAUCAAUAAAUAUGCGGUUGCAGUUGGCAAGUUUUACCGUACAUGGAACAGUACGAAAGAUAAACAUGCUCAGUAUAGCGAGGUUCAACAAAUUAUCUUACCAAAAAGAUUUCGAGCAGAAGAAAGCACUUUUGCUAAUGAUAUAGCAGUUUUAUUAUUGAACAAUACUAUAAAAUUUACAUCAAGAGUCAGACCAGUUUGCAUAGAUUGGAGUAAUGAAUUGUAUAAAAGUCUUUUAAAACCAGGAGCGCUUGGAACGGUUGCUGGUUGGGGUUUAACAGAGGAAUUUGGCAGUACUUCUGAAGAAUUACAAGCUGUAAGAAUGCCUUACGUUGAGUAUGAUACAUGUAUUAGUGGCUUGCCUGAGGAAUUCAAACCUUUCAUAACGAAUGAUAAAAUUUGUGCGGGUUAUAAUAAUGGCACAAGUGUUUGUACUGGAGACAGUGGAGGAGGUUUGGCCUUUAAGAAAAGCAAUAGAUAUUUUAUUCAAGGAGUUGUUAGUGUUAGUCCAGCAAAAGGCUCAACAUGCGAUUCCUAUCGAUAUGUCGCUUUUACCAGUGUACCUCAGCAUUUAGACUUUAUAACAAAAGUCGAAAGAUCAACUUCUAACAAUCUUCAGGAAUCUAAAGUCAUUUUGUUGGUAAAGAUGUUUAGCAAUGUGAAUGUUCUUUAUGUGUUCCUAGGAGUAUAUAUUCUAAUUUUAUUAAAUGGAAUUAAUAGUCAAACUUCUUGCAAGGAAGAUCAGUUUCAUUGUAGAGGUUUUGAUGAAGAGUGUAUAUCGAAAGAAUUAACUUGUGAUGGAAAAUUAGAUUGUUCAAAUGGCAAUGAUGAAACUUUUGAAACGUGCGAAUUUAAAGUAUGUAAUGAAACCCAAUUUCAUUGUGCCUACGGAGGAUGUAUACCUUUAUCUUCGAAAUGUGAUACAAGCUUUGAUUGUGCUGACAAUUCUGAUGAAGCAGAUUGUGAAAUGAAACCCACAAGCCAGUGUCCGAAAAAAUGGCAAGUUUUUUGUUUAUCCGGAGAAUGUAUUCGACAAGAUCAGAUAUGUGACGGUGUAAAGGAUUGUAUUGAUAAUUCAGAUGAAACGUAUUCAACAUGCUUCAAUUUUAGGUGUCCUAGCGAUUCUUUUAAAUGCAAUUAUGGAGCAUGUAUUGAUUCAGAAGCCGUAUGUAAUGGAAUAGCUGAUUGUGUAGAUCACUCCGACGAACUGUUACCAAAAUGCAAAAAUGGUUUAAACAUUACUUCAGAUUUAAUUUGUGGGGAAAACAAUUUCAAAUGUGGCACUGGUUUAUGCAUUAAAAAAGAAAAAUUAUGUGAUGGUAUUCGAGACUGUGAUGACGGAUCUGACGAAACGUAUCGGCAAUGUGCCAAUAAAACAUGUCCCGAUACUUUUCAUCAAUGUGCUUAUGGUGCGUGCACAACUAGAUUUUCCUGUGUUGCUGAUAAUUUACCCCCAGCGGGACUAUUUUCCGGGCCUUCAAACUCACAGUCUUUUGGGGACAUAGAUAAAAUUCAAUUCAUACCCCUAUCUCCAGGAGCUGAUCCAGUACUCUUAUCUCCUCCAAAACCUCAAUGUUAUUUUCCAGGCCAACCAGAAAAUGGCGUUGCAAUGACAAAUACCGGAAUGAUACCAAAACCAUAUGAAUCCGCUCCAGCAUGGACUAUUUUAAUUUAUACCUGUAAUGAGGGCUACUCCUUGGGUACUGCACCAUCAGUGGUUGUGUGUAUGAAUGAUCGCUGGACGGUAGACCCAUUUCCAAUUUGCUUGAAAACAUGUCCAUCUCUAGUAUCUCAAAAUCAUGAAAUCGAAUGUAAACAUGAUGGCAAAGUAAUACCAUGUGAACAAGCAUGCGACGGUACCGUAGCAAAUAUUAAAUGUAAAGAGGCUUUUGAAAUUCAAAAUUUUAUCUAUCAACCAUACAAUGGUAUUCAAUGUAAUACUAGUGGAAAUUGGUCAAAUGACUUGUUUGAUUGCAAUCCAGAAUGUGGCACUUUAAUCCCGAAAGCACAAGCUUUAGUAAUCAAAGGAUAUACUGCAGCGAAAGGAGAAUUUCCAUGGCAUGCUGGAAUCUAUAGACAAGAUUCUUCUGAAGAUGAAUAUUUCGAACAAAUAUGUGGUGGAACUUUAAUAUCCGAAAGAGUUAUUGUAUCAGCGGCACAUUGUUUUUGGGAUUUCAAUGACAAUAAACCAAAUACAAAUCCUGAAAAAUAUGCAGUUGCAGUUGGUAAAUUUUAUCGGACAUGGAACAGUACUAAAGAUAAAUAUGCUCAGUACAGUGAGAUAGAACGUAUUAUUUUACCAAAUAAAUUUCGAGCAGAAGAUAGUAGUUUUGCAAACGAUAUAGCAAUAUUAAUACUAAAUAAUACAAUUAAAUUUACAACAAGAGUUCGACCUGUAUGUGUUGAUUGGGGAAACGAAUUGUAUAAAAGUCUAUUGAAGCCAGGAGCACUGGGUACUGUUGCUGGCUGGGGUUUAACAGAGGAAUUUGGACUCGCUGCAGAAGAGCUGCAAGCUGUUAGAAUGCCAUACGUUGAGUAUGAUACAUGUGUUAGUAAUUUACCGGAUACUUUUAAAUCCUUUAUCACACAUGAUAAAAUUUGUGCUGGUUACAAUAAUGGCACAAGCAUUUGUACUGGAGAUAGCGGAGGUGGUAUAUCAUUUAAAAAAAGUAACAGAUAUUUCAUAGAAGGAGUUGUAAGUGUUGCUCCAGCAAAAGGGACCACUUGUGAUUCAUAUCAAUAUGUGGCCUUUACCAGUGUUUCUCAACAUUUGGAUUUUAUUAUGGAAAUAGAAAGAGAAACUCAUUAAUACAAUUAAAGAUGACCACGAUUUAAAAGUUUUCUCGUACAUUCAUACAGAGUACCUAAUUCCCAAAAGUUUUCUGGUUCUUUGUUUUUCAAGUGUUAUUAAAAAUAUGUAGAUUGUUUUAAUUUUGAC